GCAGCGCUGUGUCCGUAGCUGCUGAGCGGAAGCUAACAGCUUAAAACAGAACCAAAACAGAACCAGAACAGCGGACAAACCCGGCGAUGUGACCAGCGCACCUGCUUCAGACCUCCACCCACCACACCUGCACUCUUCAGAUGCUGAAAGUGAAGGCCCGAUGUCGGACCCUCAGCUCACAGAAGCGGGUGACGUUGAUGUUGAUGAUGUCGACGUCUCUGCGGGCGACUCUCCUGCUGACCGGGACCCCCAGGCCGGCGGUCUCUCAGAGAGGGAGUUCUCCUGCCACUGCUGCUACGACAUCCUGAUAAACCCCACCACGCUAAACUGCGGACACAGCUUCUGCAGACACUGCCUGGCCCUGUGGUGGGAAUCUGCGGGGAAGAACGAGUGUCCGGAGUGCAGGGAGAGAUGGGAGGGCUUUCCCAAGGUCAACAUCCUGCUCCGGGACGCUGUGGAGAAGCUGUUCCAGGCUGAUGUGCAGAGGAGACGGCAGGAGAUCCAGAAUAACCCCCGAAUCGCCCACUCCCUGCUGGCCUUCCAGCGCCACGGCGACGAGCAGGCCAGUCGCGGAGCUCCCCCGGGGGGCCCACGCAGAGGAGCCGGCAGCUUCUUCACCGGAGUGCUGACCGCACUGACCGCCGUCGCUGUGAUGUUGCUGGUGUAUCACUGGUCCAGUGGUGAAGCCCAUCAUGAAGUUCUGGUCAGUAAGCCGGUCAGCAAGUGGACGACUGAUGAUGUCACACUGUGGAUGGAGCACCUGGGGGCGUGGGCCAAUCAGUACAGAGAGAUUUUCAUAGAAGAGAAGGUUAACGGCAGGUUACUGACCCUGCUGAGUGAUGAGGAGUUAUCUAGACCGCCGUACGGCAUCGAGAACCCUUCCCACAGACGGGCCGUGCUGGAGGAGCUGCACAAAGUCCGAGAGCUCGGCGUCAAACCGCCACAGAACCUCUGGGAGUACAAGGCGGUGAAUGGAGGGAAGUCUCUCUUCCUCCUUUACGCUCUGAAAGACUCUCCUCGUCUGUCCAUCCUCUACCUGUACCUGUUCGACUAUGAGGACACCUUCCUCCCCUUCAUUCACACCUGCUGCCCCACACGCCCGCCACACCCUCACCUGGACGACUCACCCAGCAGGACUCCGCAGGUGGAGCCCACGUGGCGUCAGUGGGUGGAGUUCCUGGUGAAGUUCUCUCUGCUGCCCUAUCAGCUGCUGGCGGAGUUCGCGUGGGAUUGGCUGAGCGUUCACUACUGGACGUCCCGCUUCGUUAUCGUUAACGCCAUGCUGCUGUCCGUGCUGGAGGGCUGCAGCUUCUGGAGGGUCUGGAGCCGAGGGGAGAUCAGGACGCUCCCUAAGCGGAUGUUUGGUCACCUGUGGAAGAUGCUGACCCACAGUUUGGCCUUCAUGCUCUUCUGGCCGCUCGUCCCUCAGUUCGUGUGUAACUGCCUGUUCUACUGGGCUCUGUACUUCAACCCCAUCAUUAACAUAGACAUGGUGGUACAGCAGCUGAUGCACACACACACACACCACGCGUAACACACACACACACACACACACACACACCACGCGUAACACACACACACACACACACACA